AUGAUAAACGAAAUGAACGAGAAUGGCGGCGUCGACGCCAAUGUGUCACCGACCAAACUCAUGGUCAACUAUAUUCCGGAGCUCAUGACGCGUGACAUGAUGUACGCGCUGUUCUCUGCGAUGGGAAAGAUCGAGAGUUGCAAGCUGAUAGCCAACAGAGGGUACGGCUUCGUGGAGUACGAGAAACACGAGGACGCCGAGAAGGCGCGAGCCGCCUUCAACGGCCUACUGAUGCAGGGCAAGACGCUCAAAGUUUCAUUCGCCCUGCUCAAUCCGGAGAAUAAGGUUAGCCAUAAGCCAGAUACAGAAUCGAAUCUCUACAUAAGCAACCUGCCCCCAGACAUGACGUUGGAACGACUUAAUAAUCUGUUCAGUCAGUUUGGGAACAUCACGAACAGUCGCGUCUCGCAGGGCAUCGGGUUCGUGUGCUUCGAAAGCCGACAGCAGGCCGAAGACGCGAUCAGCCAUAUGAACGGCCAGACGCCCAUUCCCGGCGCGGGGCCCAUAUUAGUGAAAUUCGCGAACAAACCACAGGCCAACAGGAAUACGCCGAGGCCGAUUCAGAGAAUAGGCAUGUCGGCCGCCCCCAUAGCGUACAACGGCGCGACGGCCGUCUUCAAUGGUACUACUCCAGCGUUUAACGGAACAAAUCUGAGCGCUGCGUUCGGAGCGAGACCGGCCGCUUUCGCUCCGGGAUUUCCUCAGGCUUCUCCGCCUCCGUUAUUACCGUCGCCGGGGAAAGCUCUGCCUUUCAUCAACAAAGGACAACAGCGUUUCAAUCCGAUGGCAGCCACAAACCACACGCCCAUCCCGUUAUUAGGGGCUCCGGCGAGUCCGGUGCCGUUGUUGGGCUCAGUGGCGGCACCGCACCAAACCACAGUCUAUGUGUACAAUAUCGGUGAGGACACGGAAGAGCUAGCUCUGUGGCAGCUCUUUGGCCCGUACGGUGCGAUAGAUUCAAUCAAAGUGAUCAAAGAUCCAGAGACGAAGAAAAACAAAGGCUUUGCGUUUGUUAAUAUGCGUGAGUAUGACGAGGCUGCGAUGGCCAUCCAAUCCCUCAACGGCCAAACGCUCAAUGGACAGGUUCUUUCUGUUAACUUUAAGACUCAAAAGAAAAAUAACUAG